CGCCGUCCGGCCUUCGCCAUUUGGAGUCUUUUCCGGUGGAAUUUUUUGCUGGAAUUUUUUGAGCAUGUUCUUCAUGAAGUCUAGUUUAUCCAUACCAAAUUUCAGCUAAAAAUUCAACCGGGAAGACAGUCAAAUGAUUUUUGGAAGUUAACUGCGCAGUUUAUAUACAUAUAAAACGCAGUUAUCUUCCAAAAAUCAUUUGAGUGCCUUCCCGGUUGAAGUUUUAGCUGAACUUUGGUAUGGAUAAACUAGACUUGAUGAGAAACAUGCUCAAAAAAAUUCAUCAAAAAAUUCCACCGGGAAGGGCCUCUGAUGGCCUUGGUCGGACGGUCCCUCCCGUCCCUCAGGAGGGACCUGAUCUUUUCUAUAUAUUGUAGUUACUAAAUCUUAUUUUUUUCCCGCUAUCUUUAUUUCAAUCAUAUUGUCAUUAUUUCAAAAAAAAACUCUAAGGUAUAUAGGGCUCCAUCGAAGACAUAACAAUUGUAUUAAGAUAUAUAAAUUAUAAACUACUACGAAAUUGUGAUGAAGCAAAUCCCUCUUGGCGCCUCUCUGCUUUAACAUCCGUUUACACCAUCCCAGAGAGCCCUUGCGGAGCGCCAUGUUGAUCAUUAGGAUAUUUUGACUAAUGACAAACUUCUCUGAUUCAUUUCCUUACAAGGAAAUUGAAGGAGGAGUGCUAUGGGAAGUUGAGGGAAAGUGGGUUGUUCAAGGAGCUGUUGAGGUAGAUAUUGGAGCAAACCCAUCUUCAGAAGGUGGCGAAGAGGAUGAGGGUGUGAAUGACACAGCCACUAAGGUUGUUGACAUCGUUGAUACGUUUAGACUCCAGGAGCAAGCCACCUUUGAUGAUAAGAAGAACUUUGUUGUAUAUAUGAAGGAAUACAUUAAAGCAAUAUCUGACAAGUUGACCGGAACUGAACUAAAGGAGUUCAAAAAGAAAAUUGAGGCAGCAACCAAGUACAUGCUUGCAAAGCUUAAGGAUUUGCAUUUUUUUGCCGGCGAGAGCGGUACAGAUGAUGGCAGUCUUGUGUUCGCUUACUACAAGGAGGGUGCCACUGACCCUACAUUCCUCUACUUUCCCUAUGUUAUGAAGGGGGCCAGUUAAGUGCUAAGUGGUUGAUUAACUGUGGUUUGUUCAACGAGAACUAUAUAUAAUCUAUAUGCUAUAUCCUCCAUCUCCAUGAUAAAGUUAUAUCCUCUCUAUUAAUAAUUAAUUCAAUUUUAUAACAGAGUAAUU